CCCCAUUCCCCGUGCCACGAAGGGCAAUUUUGCUUUCUCCCCCAAAGUAGUGUUUCAUUUCCUCUCUCUCUCUCUUAUACCCAGCAAAAACCUCAGAACUCAGGUGGGACUUAGAGCCAGCUCGAAGUGACUGUAGCUUAAUUCCAAGUAAGUCCUCCGCCACAACCUUCAAUCCUGUACUUUUUUUUUUCAACGAAUCAAACUCAUAUACUUCACAAGGAAGAGCUUCACUCGAUGAACAUUUCUGAUUAUUCGAUUCAACCCCAUUUGUGUAUCUGGGUCUUUUCAAUUUAAUGGCUAUCGCUCAUUUUUUGGAGCUCUAUAUGCUAAGAAUUCUUUUCCUGUUACUGGGUUUCUUGGAUUUGUUAGCUACUUUCAACUUUCAUGAACUCUAUAUUCCUAUUUGGUCCAAGACUAGUUCACAAGUUGUCAUGUUUUUUGGUCGUUUCGAGGAAAUUGUGCGACCGGGGUUUUGAUGGGGAUAAGGUUGAUAAUGGGUUUGUAUGCAUUGAGGAAUCCUUGAAAGCAAUGUGGAAAUAUUCGGAUUCUGAUCCCAUUUUGGAUGAAAAACCCAAUACCAGUGAGGAUGGGAGUUCCAUCCGGGGACAUAUUUCGGUUAGGCAGAGUUUUUUUGAUAAUGUAAAGAGUGAUGCUAGUAGGGUUCUUGAUAUUCUUGAGCAAGAUGGGCCGGGGUUCGAUACCAAAUUGGCUCUACACGAGUUGUGUAUAAGGGUUUCGGGGCUGCUUGUGAGGGAAGUUCUGUUGGGAAUAUUGAGGAAUGUAAAUUAUGCGAAUAAAAUGCGGUGUGCAAAAUUGGGGUAUAAGUUUUUCGUGUGGUCUGGUCAGCAGGAGAAUUAUAGGCACACGGCGAACUCUUACCAUUUAAUAAUGAAGAUAUUUGCGGAUUGUGAGGAGUUUAAGGCAAUGUGGAGGCUAGUUGAUGAGAUGAUUGAGAAUGGGUUCCCAACUACAGCUCGUACAUUUAAUAUACUUAUAUGUACUUGUGGUGGGGCGGGAUUGGCUAGGAAGGUUGUGGAGAGGUUCAUUAAAUCAAAGACGUUUAACUUUAGGCCAUUCAAACAUUCAUACAAUGCGAUUCUACAUUCCCUUCUUUCGGUUAACCAGUAUAAGUUGAUUGAGUGGGUAUAUCAGCAGAUGAUAGUUGAGGGUCAUUCUCCGGAUAUUCUAACGUAUAAUGUUGUCAUGUGUGCAAAGUAUAGGUUGGGGAAGUUGGAUCAGUUUCAUAGACUGCUUGAUGAAAUGGGUAGGAGUGGUUUUUCUCCAGACUUUCAUACAUAUAAUAUUCUUCUUCAUGUCCUGGGUAAAGGUGACAAGCCACUUGCAGCUCUUAAUCUUUUGAAUCACAUGAAGGAAGUAGGUUUUGACCCUAGUGUUCUUCACUUCACCACGUUGAUAGAUGGACUUAGCAGGGCUGGAAAUUUGGAUGCCUGCAGAUAUUUUUUUAAUGAAAUGACAAAGAAUGGGUGUAUGCCAGAUGUGGUUUCUUACACUGUAAUGAUCACAGGAUAUAUUGUGGCCGGGGAGCUAGAGAAAGCUCAGGAAAUGUUUGAUGAGAUGAUAAUCAAGGGACAGCUUCCAAACGUAUUCACAUACAAUUCCAUGAUUCGUGGUUUUUGUAUGGCUGGGAAAUUUGAAGAGGCGCGUUCAAUGCUUAAGGAAAUGGAAUCUAGAGGUUGUAAUCCAAAUUUCCUCGUGUACAGUACCCUAGUGAGUAAUUUGCGAAAUGCUGGAAAGCUUUCUGAAGCUCAUGAAGUAAUAAGACAUAUGGUGGACAAGGGACAAUAUGUCCAUCUUCUCUCAAAGAUCAAGAAAUACAGGAGAUGCUAAAGUGGCAAACUAUGUAUCUGGAGAUUAUUCAUGUAACCUCAUAGCAACAUAACUUAUUCAUCCAGCUCAGUUAGACACCAUGUACCUGUUGGCAAUUUCAGCCAUAGAAGCAAAAAGAGUAAAGUUUGCACAACUUUUUUUCCCCUAA